UGGGAGGGUGGAGAGACCUCCAGCUAUUGAUGGGUGAAGAAGGGAGGGGUUGAGUGAGGAACGAACGAGUAAGCAGAGAGUGUGCGUGUGUGUGAGAGAGGGAGAGAGAGAGUGCAGAGGGAGGGGGGUGUGUGUGUGUGUGUGGGCAGGGACUAUUCUGAAUGAGGAAGCGGCAGAGCCAUUUUCACCGUUGAGCAAGAGCACGCUGCUGUUUCGGGAGAGAGGAGGGAAAAAAGAAGGCUCAGUUUCUGGAUUUUUUUUUUCUUUCCAAAGCGUCUUUCUCUCUCUCUUUCUCUUUCUCUUUCCGUCCCUGUGUCCGGGUGUCGAAUGAGCGGGGCUUUCAGCGGUGGGACACAAUGGGGCAAAGUGCCUGUGGCGACUGGGCCGUUGUCCUCCUGAGAGGGGGAGGGGGAACAGAGAAGACCGGCGCACAGAGCUAACACAGCUAGCCGGCCUCAGGCCUCUUCUACCCGCGUUCUCUUCUCUCAACCUCUCUUUCAUGCUCUCUCUCUCUCUCUCUCUCUCUCUCUCUCUCUCUCUCUCUCUCACUCUCUCUCUCCCUCUCUCGUAAAGGUGAACAGGAGAUCUCUCUUUUCUGGACUUCUCUCAGGACUUAAAAUCUUCACUACUCUCAGGAUUAUUGUGGACUUCCUGCGGAUUUAACAUGUGUUCAGCACAGUGGAUCUCGGGACACAUUUAUCUGAACUGGAGAUUUGAAAGCUAGCUGUGCUCAUGUUUUGGGAUUAGUGAUCCAUUUAAAAAAAAAAAAAAGUUCACCUCCUUUUUUUUUUGUUCCUUUCGGUUUUGUUCUGGAGACAGGACCCUAUAAAUGGAUUACAGGAUGCAUUCCAAGUCCAAUGAUUUGCUGGAUUUUCAGACACUGGAUGCCCUUUUGGAAAAAAUUGCACAUUAUUCCGCAGCUGUAAAAAGAGAUCCCAGCGAGGAGUGCAAUGGAAUCGGCGGCACUCUCCCUGCAGAGGCCGCGCCUGGCUCGAGGCUGAACGAGUGGUGUCCCGUGGCCCCUCCUCCUCAACCUCUACCCCCGCCUCCACCUCCACCUGCCCCGGUGCCCUCGCUCCAUCUGAUCAGUAUGGGUGACGGUCUGGACGCCGCACCGAUGUCAGGGAGCAGCAGCAGCAGCAGUCAGGGGCAGCCCCAGCCCCAGUCUCAAGCCUCUCAUUCCUCCAACCCCUGUCCCCCGGAGAUCGCCAACGCAGCACGGCCGAAGCGCCAGACCAACCAGCUGCAAUAUCUGUCCAAGGUGGUGCUCAAGACGCUGUGGAAGCACCAUUUCUCAUGGCCCUUCCAUGCUCCUGUAGAUGCCGUCAAGCUUAACCUGCCUGACUAUUAUAAGAUCAUUAAAAACCCUAUGGACAUGGGAACAAUCAGGAAACGGCUGGAGAACAGUUUCUACUGGAACGCCCACGAAUGUAUUCAAGACUUCAACACCAUGUUUACCAACUGUUACAUCUACAACAAGCCAGGGGAUGACAUAGUCUUAAUGGCUGAGGCACUGGAGAAAUUGUUCCUCCAGAAGAUUUCCGAAAUGCCCCAGGAGGAGAACGAGAUCGCAGUCAUGACUCCUAAGGGCCGUGGUCGUGGCAGGAGGGACCCAGGUACACCUCUCUCAAAGAACGUGGCAACUGCAAAGUUUUCAGGGUUAAACUUAAAGCCCCCCGGACCUGGCAGAGAUUCUCCGACGACCCCUCAGACUCGUGGCAUUUCUAAUCACGGAGCAGGGCCACAGACUAGGGGACCUGUACCAGGUCCCCCAGCUCUCCCUCCACAGGUGGCUCUGCAGCAAGCUCUACCCCCUCGUGUCCCCCCUACGAUACCCCAGCUGGGUCCACCCUUUCCACUCGCCCCUUCAGACUGCAACCCUCCGGGCACCAUCAUGACCGCGGUGCCUCCCCCGACCCAGAUCGCCCUUCCUACCAUGCCAAUUCAACAGAGUCCUGCCUCGAUGCUGCAGAGCAUCAUGCCCAAAGUGAGUCCUCAGAUAUUAAAGAUGAAUGGUAGCCCAAGCCAUUUAUCGUCUAUCUUUGCCACAAAACAGCAGAGGAAAAGCCAGAAGAGGAAAGCAGACACGACGACCCCCACGGCUAAUGACCAGCUGAGCGAGUCUUCUCCCGCAGAGUCCAAGUCAGGAAAGACUCUCCCUCGGCGAGAGAGCGCGCGGCCGUCUAAACAGCCCAAAAAGGAAGCGCCGGAUUCCCAGCACCACCUCGCCUACACCGUACCCGUUGGCCCCCACAGCCCCAAACUGCUGGAGCAGCUGCGCUACUGUGCCGGCAUCGUGAAGGAGAUGUUCGCUAAGAAGCACGCCUCUUACGCCUGGCCUUUCUACAAACCAGUGGACGUGGAGACUCUGGGACUGCACGACUACCACGACAUCAUCAAACACCCCAUGGACCUCACCACCAUCAAGGACAAGUUAGACAACAGACAGUACAGAGAUGCGCAGGAGUUCGCUGCCGACGUACGGUUAAUGUUCUCCAACUGCUACAAAUACAACCCUCCGGAUCACGAGGUCGUGGUGAUGGCGCGCAAGCUGCAGGACGUGUUUGAGAUGAGGUUUGCUAAGAUGCCCGAUGAGCCCGAGGAAGUCUUUACACCCGCACCUGCCCCCGUGCUGCACCCCGCGGCCCCGGUGAAGCCUCAGCCGCCCAUCGCCGCCCCUUCGUCCUCCGACAGCUCCAGCGACUCGUCGUCUGAAUCGGAAUCCUCUACCGACGACUCGGAGGAAGAGAGGGCUCAGAGGCUGGCUGAGCUCAAGGAGCAGGUGUGGAAAUCAGAGCUCAAGGCGGUCCACGAACAGCUGGCAGCCCUUUCCCAGCCCCAGGCCAGCAAACCAAAGAAGAAAGAGAAGGACAAGAAGGAAAAAAAGAAGGAGAAGCACAAAAAGAAAGCCAUCCCCGGACUGGACGAGAUCCUGGAGCCAGCUUCGGCUCUCCCGACACCCAAGAGCAAGAACAAGAACAACAAGGAUCCUCUGCCCAAGAAGACCAAGAAGCCAAGUAAGAAGGAGGGCAUAAAGAACAACCGCUCAGUUCCUCCCCCAGGGACAGCGCCCCCCACCCUGCAGCCAGGGCCUGGCCUCGACCCUGUGGAAGAGCUGACUCUGGGAGGAGGACCAGGAUCCGCAAGCUUGGUGCCGGCCGAGAAGUGUAAGCCCAUGUCAUACGAGGAGAAGAGGCAGCUGAGCCUCGACAUCAAUAAGCUGCCUGGGGACAAGCUGGGCCGCGUGGUCCACAUCAUUCAAUCCCGCGAGCCUUCGCUCAAAAACUCCAACCCGGACGAGAUCGAGAUCGACUUUGAGACGCUAAAACCUUCCACGCUGCGCGAGCUGGAGAGAUACGUUUCAUCCUGUCUCCGCAAGAAGAAGAAACCUCCAGAAAAAACCAUGGAGACAAUGAGCGCUAAGCCAAAAGGCUCAUCUUCAGACUCGGGCAGCAGCAGCGAGUCGAGCUCUUCUGACAGCGAGGAUUCCGAGUCAGGAAUGACCUCUAAAUUGAAGAAGAGAAGUCUUUAUGCUAAAGAUGGAAAGAAAGGCCACCACCCUGUGAUCGCACCAGGUCUGGUCCAGCCUCAGAUGCCCCUUCAGCCCCAGGCACCGGUCUUACAGCCCACUGAUCAGUUAAAGCAGCAGCAGCAGCAGCAACAUCCUUCUCCUGCAGCGUACAUGGCUCCUCAGGUCACGGCGCUGGAGUCGUCUCAGCUUCUUGAGAACACGCUCGACUCUUUGCCCCACUUCGGACAGCCCCUCAUGCACAUACCCCACCACGCUAACGACUCGUCCUCUCCAGCCCCGCCUCACCUCAACGCUCACACAGCAAGUGGCCCCGGGUCACCCGACACACACCCAUUCUUAAACCAGCACCCCAUCCUCCCAUCCCCAGCACUGCACAACGCUAUGCCUCAGCAACCUUCACGUCCCAGCAACAGAGCGGCGGCGCUCCCCGCCAAACCUCCGCAGCCUACGCCUCCCCAGCAGCCCCUGCAGCUCCAGCCCCAGCCCCAGCAGCCUCCUCCAACCCAGCAUCAUAUCCCUCACCCCCUCCUGCACCCUCCUCAGCCCAUCCGCCAAAGGCCACUGUCUCCUCCUACGCUCACCCCACAGGGCCUGCUCUCCUCACAGCCUCCUCAGUUGCUGCUGGAGGAUGACGAGGAACCCAUGCCCAUCUCGCAGGUCCUCUACAUGCAUCAACACUUGCAGGGUCGGCAGCAUCAGCAGCAGCAACAGGUGUCGCUCAUGCAGUCGCUCCAGGCUCGUCAGUCACAGCCGCAGAGCCAACCGUCCCUGCUACAGACUGUUCAGGUACAGUCACAGCUGCCUGUGCAGUCACAGCUGCCUGUCCAGACUCAGCCCCAAGCCGCUCCAACGCACCAGCCUUCGCCGCAGAUGCCCCAGCAUGCACCUAGACACAUGCAGCAAUCACAGAGCCAACAGCAGCAGCAACAGCAGCUGGCUUUCUCACAAGGUCCAGUGCAGACCACGCAGACGCAGCCGACGCAGCACAAGGUGGCCAUGGCUCCCAGUAAAGCGCAGCAGCAGAUUAUUCAGCAGCAGCAACAGCAGCAGCAUCCUUCUCCACGUCAACACAAACCUGAUCCUUACGGCACAGGGCACCUGAGAGAAAACCCCUCUCCUCUUAUGAUGCAUUCCCCUCAGAUUUCCCAGUAUCCUCCUGUAGUCCAUCAGUCUCCUCCGCAAAACAUCCAGCCCAAAAAAGAGCCGCAGCGAGGGCCGCCAGCUCUCGGACCUCUCAAGGAGGAGAAGCAGCCGUCCUCGCCUGUGAUGAGGAGCGAGUCCUUCAGCCCACCCAUACGACAGGAACCACACAAACAGCCAGAGAGCAAGACACACAUGCCCGGCCAUGGGCAGCAGAGGCCAGACAUGAAGCCUCUGGAGACUUCUCGUCCCGUGAUCCGCACCUCAGACCAGAGCGGUCCACCGCCCACAAUGCCUGACAAGGACAAGUUCAAACAAGAGCCCAAGACACCUGUGGCUCCCAAAAAGGUACAGGACGUAAAGCUGAAGAACAUGGGCUCGUGGGCCAGCCUGGCGCAGAGGUCAACGUCUGUGCCAUCAUCUGCAGUCAAAUCCAGCAGCGACAGCUUCGAGCAGUUCCGUCGUGUAGCACGGGAGAAGGAGGAGAGGGAGAAAGCGCUGAAGGCUCAGGCAGAGCAGGCUGAGAAGGACCGGCUGCGUAGAGAGCAGGAGAAACAGCGGGGCCGUGACGAUGACGAUUCGAUGGAGGUGGCUCGAAGGCCUCACGAGGAGCAGCGGAGGCGCUCGGAGCACCAGCAGCCCCAGGCUCCUCCGCCGCAACAGCAGCUCCAGGCUCCACCCCAAACACCGAGCCAACAGCCCCAGACGCCGUCCGCCACGCAGCCGUCACAGGCCCCCCCUCAGUCCCCGGCUUCCAGCCAGAGCGCCCUCGACCAGCACAGAGAGAUGGCACGCCGCCGUGAGCAGGAGAGGAGGAGGAGAGAGGCGAUGGCAGCUACCAUUGAUAUGAAUUUCCAAAGCGAUCUGAUGGCGAUCUUCGAGGAGAACUUGUUUUGAAGUGCACAAGGAGGCAUAAGAGACUGCAAAAAAACAAAAAACAAAAAACAAAACUGCUAGUGGAUUCCUCUGCAUAGAGAAAUAUCAGACUGAUGAAACAGUAAGGGAUUUUAAAAGAAUUAAAAAGCCCCGAACUGAGAGCAUGAGAAAACCGAGCCACAGAGGCAGAAAUGGCACUGGGUGAGCUGAGGCCUUGACAGGACGCCCCCUGUAGCCUCAGCAGGGGAAAACACGGAGGGACCCUCGAGCUGGGACGUCUUUGCCUCUUUGGCAUUAUUCCUGGAUUUAAACCCGUAUAAGUAGCAGGAAGGAGAGGACGCUUCGUUGGGGCAAUCUUUCGCACGAAUGGGAGCAAUGCUUUGGACCUUGAUAUCAGUGGAAGUAUAUUUACGUGACAACAGUGUAAACGUACUGAUUUACCCAGAGUAGGCUGUUCAUCAACUGCCAGAUGUGUGAGGGGUAUCGCUUUUGUUUUUCCCUCCUUUCACUUUUUUCUCUUUAUUUACCUGGUUUUUUUUUGUUGUUUUUUUUUGUAUCAUUUUUUUUCUUUGUUUUUUGUUAUUUUGAUUUUUUUUUUUUAAACACAAGCAAGCGAUUUAUGCUAACAACUCAUGAUCAUAACGUGGAACGGAGGUACACAGCAUCGUCACUGUUCACAGACCAGACCCGGGGUAUGAACAAGAAAAUAAUACACCCAAAUACCCAGGUGUUAUCACUUUCAUUACUUUGUUCUACUUAUCUACUGUAAAAAAAAAAACACAAAUACUUUCUUAUUUUCUUAAAGACUAUUGUUUUUUUUUGUUUGUUUGUUUGGUCUUUUUUUUGUUUUUGUUUUUUUUUUUAAACCUUCUUACCAACACUUAACCAUUUCUUCUGAUGUCUAUGCCAAACAAGUCCUAGUCCCUGAGAUUUUUUUUUCUUUCUUUUCUUUUUCAUUUAACUUGUCUCUCUCCCUUCCUUCCUUUCUUUUUCUUCUUUUUUUUAAUAUAUAUAAAUAUAUUUUCUUGUCCUUCAGACCAGACGUGAAAGUUUAGGUAGCCUUGUUAGUAGAAUAUAACUAAUAUAUGCAUUAUUCCGACAAUUGAAGACAAAAAAGAAAAAAGAAAGAAAAAAAAGGUUAAGUUAUACUUUAAUUCAUGGUGAGAGGAGCUGUUUACCUGUUAUCCUUGAGUUUGAGAUUACCUUUUUAAAAAACGCGUACAGUGCUACAUUACUUUGUGUAUUAUACGUCAUAAGAAAGAGGAACCUGAAGCGUCUGGGAGCGAUUCACGUUCACGCUUACUGUUUCUAGAAAUAAUCGUAAGCUCGAGUGCGUAUGAGCAGCCGGCUGACUCUGAAUCCUCCGAGACUCCUCUCAAGGCAUUUCUUGCAUGUGUCUCUCUCUCUCUCUCUCUCUCUCUCUCUCUCUCUCUCUCUCUCUCUCUCUCUCUCUCUCUCUCUCUCUCUUUCUUUCUCUCUCUUUCCAUCUUGUUUUUUUUUUAAUUAUUAUUAUUUUGCUCUUUUUUUUUUUUUCUUUCACAGAUCAUUUCACGAUAAGCAACCCGGAGGGGACUGUACGCUGUUCUAGACGUGACCGAUUUUGAAAAGCCGUACAAAAAAAAUGCAACCGCUCUGAUUUUAUAUCAUCGUUCUUGUUCAAUUCUAGUGGAUAUGAGUUCUAAUUGUUAUUCGAGUCGGAUUUAAGGUCGGGUGGAACGAACGGGGGGGCAGGGCGGGUUUUAUUUGUUGUUGUUUUUUUUUUUUUUGAGGACCCCGCAUUAAAGCAGGUGCCUGUAUUGUAUUGCGAUUCUAGUCGGCAUAUAUUACACUCUUGGGCAGAGGGAGGGACGUGUAAAAAGUUCGGGAGGAACAACUUGCAAUUUAGCGUGGGGGGGAAGCCUGUGUAAAAAGCAAAAAAAAAAAAAAAACACAAAAAGCAACAAAAAAAAUUACUAAAAAAAAUUAAGAAAGGUCAACAUUUUAUAUUCUACCCAUUUACAAAUAUUCAGGUUUAAAUCUAGUUUUAGCUGGACUUCUUCUUCACCCAGAGAUUAAGGUUUUUUCUUCUUUUCUCCUUGAAGCUUGUUUUAAGAGGACGUGACUUGAGCAGCCGCAUAUUCAUAUUCUGUGCGUAUGAACAGCCGAGUGUGUGUGUGUGUGUGUGUGUGUAAGAGAGAGAGUUGGUUUGGUCUUUAGUAUGUGGCACAGUCAAAACAUCACGCUCUUCCCCAGAGCGUUCAUAAACACUUCACAAGAACGAGUUGCUUUGCUAUCGCUCUAUUGUUUUUGUUGUUUUUUUUUUCCCUACCCGUUUUGACGAAGUCCACAUAAAUAAAAAUAUACAUUUCUUUCUUUCUUUUUUUUUUUUUUUUAAUUCAGUUUGUAAAAGGUGAAAGAAGAAACACUUCAUUCCUUCAAGCCUUUAAAUGUAUUCUGUUUGUUUUUCUCGGUAACAGUCAGACAUUUAUGUGCCAUAGAUAUGGUUUCACCGGAGAAUGUGCUGACCUGCAUCUCAGCAGAGAGUUUGCUUUAUUCAGGUAUGUUUUUUUUUCUUUCUUUAAUUUAGUUUUUUUCCCUUUUUUUUUUUUGUUUGUUUCUUUAUUUUUAUUUUUUUUAGUUUUGUUGUUGUUGUGUU